UUUCCUGCUGACUCUCGCGCAGAGCUUCAUGGAGUUUGUAGGGCGGCCAAGACCCUCUGAGACCUGCAACCUCCUAGCAGUCCCGGGUCUCAGAUCCUUGGACCUGGACGAGGAUGAGGGCAACAUUGUGAUCGGCAUCAGACCCAAAUCCUCUCCUGUCCCAACAAGAAAGUCCUCGUUCACGGACGAAGACUCAGAGCCUGAGCCUCCGUCUCUCUGUGGCUCCAGGAGAGUGUCCUUUGCGGAUGCCAAAGGUCUCAGUCUGGUUCAGGUGAAGGAGUUUGAUACAAGGGACGUACCAAAACGACCAGGAUUUGACUCUGCAGCAGCUGAUGAUACGAGCGUUUCAGAAUAUUACCUCUCACCUUUAACCUUCUCCCUGUCAUCUGAUGAGCUGUCCGCUCGAGUUCGGGAGCAAAAAAUAGAGCUAGAAACAAUUGAGCUACUUCCAGGGACUGCAAUACUCAAAGGUGUGAUCCGAGUUCUUAACAUCUCCUACAGUAAGUCAGUCUUUGUCCGAACUACUUUUGACAACUGGUGCAACCACUUUGACCUUCUGGCAGAGUACAUCCCUGAUUCCAGUGACGGUGUGACCGAUUCCUUCUUGUUUAAACUCACCUUAGUGCCUCCAUUUGGAGACCAGGGAACCAGAGUAGACUUUUGUUUGCGGUACGAAACUCCUGUUGGGACAUUUUGGGCCAACAAUGACAACAAAAACUAUGUGCUGCUCUGUUACCAAGGAAGGAAGGAGGAGAAGGAGAGGGGACAAAGGGAAAAUGUAAACAAGAAAAGCUGCCUGAAGACUGUCAACCAGAGUGUGUCCACUGUGGAAAACAUUUCACUAAAGCAAUUUUCAUCACUGGACAAUAUUUCAACAGAUGGAUGUACAACCCAGCUGGAAGACCAAAUGGAAGCUCAGAAAGUCUCAGAAUCUGUGUUGGAUAAACCAAACGAAGUGGAACAGACUCUACUGGUGGAGAGCAAACCAAACAGCAGCCGACGAAGACAGAGGAAAGCUGCACGGAUGGCCAGAGUGAGAGACCACUUCACUCAGAGAGAUGGAGGAGGCGACUCUAACAGAGACGAGUCACCUCCAGAAAUAAAACAGGAAACUCAGGAGGACAACCCAGAGGACAGUCAUUUAGGUGAGCAGGAGAAUGAUGAAUCUGGUUCUGACCAACCUGUCAGCAAUGCAGCACGUAAAGACAUAUGCAGCAAGUGGCCGGAGAAACCUGACCCAGGCGAGGUUGCCACAGAUAUCCCAAAGAAGCCGCUGCGCUCAGCUGAUCAGGCUGCUCCCACAGAGGUUCUUACAAAGGCUCAGAAUCCAAACUUAAGUUUUACAUGGAUGAAAAAUGCAGCAGCAGGGAGUAUGGAAGGUCUCGUUGGCCAGAGCAGCAGUGUUGCAUUCAGUGACGCUGUGGCUGUGAGGAAUCAUCUGGUGUUCAGCAGUAACACAAGCAAUAUGCAGAUAUGUGAGUCUGAGAGCCAGGACUCAGACAAACAAUCCUUUGAUACCAUUUUCACCACUUUUAAUGACAAAUUGGUGGCAAACUGUGCAGACACAGUGCAGAGUCCAGACCUUGGUGGAACAGAUACAUCUUCAAACCAACAAAACCUUUCAGGAGAUGCGUCAGAGUGUCUCGCUGCAGUACAUGCUGUUUUGGUUACAGAAUUCCUCCAUCCACAAACACCCUCUGAGACUGAGCAUCUCCAGGAAAUAGCAAAGGAAACAAAAGUGACCUCUGACCUCCACAGAGAAACCCCAGCUGGCCCACUGGAGCAGACAUGUGAACAGUUUUUAACUGAAACAAGUCCAACAAGUGAAACAGAUAAAGCUUCCAAACCGUUUCAGAGUCUGCCAGGUCAUGUUGUUGAAGAAUCUGAGCAGCACAGCCUCCAAGAGGGUGGAAACAAAAUGACAAAGGUGAAUAAAGAUGAGGAUACUCCUACAGUUGUGGCUGUUACAAAAUUCAACAGAUCUCUGAGCAAAGACAAUCCAUUACAAGAGUUUGUCAAUGUAAACCCCAACAAAACCAAGGACAUGGUUUCAAAAAGUAGCAGAAAAGAACCAGAGAAAAUAAAUCUCACAUCACCUGAAACAUCUCUGCAGGAAAAUAUUAGCAUCGAGGAGGAAAAUAAAGGACUUUUAAGUCCACAAAAAGGUGAUAAAAACAACUCUGAUGAGGUUGAGGCUGAUGGAUUUGUGAUAAGUAACCAGGACAGUCAUGAAGACAUAUUUGAGGGAAUAAAAGAUGAAAAACCUCCCAACAAAAUAAAGUAUCACAUGGCAAAAGUUGGUGUCUUAAAGGAAGAAGAGGCCGUCUUUUUAGAAAACAAUGCUGAGAUGAAAAACUGGGAAACAAUGUUUGAAGAGGAGGAAAAUAGCACACAGACAGAUGAAGAGGAAGGUGGGCUGCUAAAAUCCAUAACAAAGGACAAGAAAGUAGUGGACAAAGAUAUUUCAGAGAGAAAUGAAGAGAAAUUAGUUAAGGAGGGGGCGGCUGAUGAAGUGAAAGGGGACGAGGUGGACAUCAUGGCAGUGACAGAUAACAGUGAGUUCAAGACUGCAGAGAUUUUAGUCAAUGAAGACUCUGGAUUAGAGGAUGUUAGAGUCUUUCAGGAAAAGAAAAAUGCUGAAGAUGAAACAGAAACAGAGAUGCAGCUGGUCAGCCCUGAAAAGAAAAGCAUCAGAGAAGAAGAGGAGAUGGUCAUGAACUGCGAUGGUGAAGCAGGUGAGGAGCAGGAGAAUCGAACAGAGCCUCAGCAGGAAGACAGAGAUUACAGGGAUGAAAUCCCAGCAGAUAUGGAAACAGACUACAUGUCAGCAGAUGGCAGAGGAGAUGAAGUGGGGUCAAACUUGGCAGAAGGCAAGGCUGAAGAUAAUUUAUCUGCUCUGCUGAGCAACGAGCUGCAGUUCAUCAAAGAAAACACAAGGGAAGGGGCCUGGAUCCAGACCGACACCUGUCGUUCCGAACAUGCCACCUGUGAUUGCUCAGUGGAACCCCUCACUUUAGAGACCGUUUUAACAGAUGAACCCGACCAGAUGAGUCACAGCAGCAGCUCAGCAGAGUCCGACUCAGACGACGACGAGGUGGGGCUGUACAUGCACUGCCUGAGGACCACCGGUGCGCCAACGCAGGCCCAGAAGAAAAAAGCCAAAGAGGCAGGCUUCAUUGUGACCAGAGGCAAACUACCACCCACCACCAUGCCCCCCAUCAGUGAGUCUCUGGAUGAAGACGUCCUGCUCAGUUGCCCUCAGGAAAAGCCUGGCGGUACGCAGACAGCAGAGACAAGUGGACAGGACAAAAGCAGCCAAAGUGUUUGGAG